AUGAGGGUCUCUACCACGGGGGCAGUGAGGGACGGCCCCAGUCUGGACAUGUUUCUGAGGGGGUCCAAUGCCUCUCUGUUGAUGGACUCCAUGUGGGGAACCAGUGAUAGGGAUGAGUCUGGGACCCCCCCAGGGUGGGGACUGGAGAGAAGGGGCAGACGGAGCAGCCGUCCAUGGAAGGACCAGACCCCCGACCUUCUGGGGCCUGGGGGGCCCCAACCAGGACUCUGUCUUCUUACUGCUGAGCCUCUUAAUGCGUUUGUAUCACUGUGGUGGACUUUUGGUGGAGGCACCAAACUCAUCGUUGACUUGGGAGUGGUGCAGCCCACGCUGAGCGUCCUCCCUCCCUCCAGAGUGGAGCUGGAGCAGGGCAGUGCUACACUAGUGUGUGUGGCCAGUGGGGGCUUCCCCUCAGACUGGAAGCUUGGCUGGAAGGUGGGGGGCAGCAGCAGGUCUGUGGGGGUGUCCGAUAGCCUGGGGGUCCUGGGGAAAGAUGGCCACUACAGCUGGACCAGCACCAUGACCCUCCCUGCAGACCAGUGGAGGAAGGCGUGCUCAGUGAGCUGUGAGGCCAGUAAGAAUGGCCAGACGCAGCCUGUCACUCAAACCCUGAAUCCUGACCAGUGUUCAGAGUAGAGAGGCUCCAGCAUGGAAGUACUGGAGGAUACAGAUCUCCUCUAACACGUCUGCUUAUAGUCUCUCUGUCUGAGGUGGCACCGCAGCUUUUGAUGAUUUACAUUAAUAUAACACGUCUUUGAUUCAUUAACAUGAUGCUCUCUGGAUUUUACCCCUUGCUUGUGUUGGUCACAUGUUGAACAUUUAAUAAAGAUUUAAAGAAUAAA